AUGUCGAUGUUUUUCCCGUUGUGUGUUGUUCUCUCUUACAUCCUACAUUCAGCUCAUAGCGUCAACGUGAAGAUAUAUCCUGACAUUUGUAAAGAAAAGGUGUUCCCUAAACUGGUCGAAGGGUACAGAUUCGUCCAUGACGAUGUGCCUGUUAUCCCACAAUUGUCGGUCAAGGAUGCUGAGUUGGAAGAAGGCGAAAAGGGGAAUUCAGAAGCCUCAGAUGCAGCUGGGAUGAAGGAAGACCCCAAAUCAAUGCCGCUACUCAGUGGUCCGGUGCUGACUCCAGGGAGGCAGAGGGUCCCAGAAUACUUUCGUACGGCCUUUCAUACAUUGGGACAAACUCAUCACAUUAAACGUCCCCAAAGUGUCCCAGAGAAUUGUCAGCGUGAUCCCGACUUCAUCAGUGUGGGUGCCGUGAAGAGGUUCACCACCCGGAAGCCCCGGUACCCGGUGGUGAUCGAGUAUGGGUGUGGUCGACAGGCGGGACGGGAGUACAAGUAUGUGACUGGGACUACCGAGGCGAAGUGUGAUCACAAGGGAUGGUGGACACUGCCGGCUCUUCUCUGUGCUCCUGUUGGCUGUUACCUGGAACACUGGGGAAGAGCUGAGUACGCCGGAAACGUGUCUAUCACAGUGUCCGGCCGGACAUGUCAACCGUGGACAGCGGACACGCCACACGUAAGGAACAAGUUCUGUCGGUCCACCAGCCUCUACUACGUGGACGGGUCGGUCAGCGCUGCGGGCAACUCCUGCAGGGACCCGGAUGGAACCGGCAAGCCUUGGUGCUACACCACUGAUCCCAUGAAACGCUGGGAGAUUUGUAACAUUCAGGAAUGUAGGAGAGAAAUAAAACUGGAAAAGGACUAG